GCCGCCGGUGCCCCCAUGGCCGCCACGCGGUAUCGGAGGAUGCGCCGCCGGGCAGCGCGGAGGGGUUGAACUGGCUCGGCGGAUUUACCGGUUUCUUCGCCACCGCUUCUCCGGUGCCCCCCUCUCGGGGGGGGGGGAAGCGCCCCGACCCCCGGGCUGGCGGCCCCCGGCGGCACCGGGCGCGGCGAGCGGCGGCGGAGGGCAGGUGCCGGGGGCAGCCGCCGCCGCGGGGCCGCGCUCCGCCCGCGCCGGCCUUAACCGGGCCGGGGCCGCCGCCACCGGGGGCCGCUGCCGGCUCUGCCCGCUCCUGCCGGCCCCGCCAGCCCCUGCCUUGGGACUUACCUCACGCCUCCGCCACACCUCAGGACGAUAACGCGGAGACGCGGGCUGCCACCAUGCCCGACUCGCCGGCCGACGUCAAGACACAGUCCAGGUCCACGCCGCCCAGCAUGCCGCCGCCGCCGCCCGCCGUCACCCAGGGAGCCACGCGCCACCCCUCCUUCACGCCAAACACCAAUCGAGACGCUGGCCCUCCGACGUUUCUGCCUCGCGGCCGUUUUCAUGGUUGCUUGAAAUGGUCAAUGGUCUGUCUUUUGAUGAACGGGAGCAGCCACUCGCCGACCGCCAUCAAUGGGGCCCCCUCCACCCCCAACGGGUUCAGCAACGGGCCGGCCACCUCCUCCACCGCCUCCCUUUCCACCCACCAGCUCCCACCAGCCUGUGGGGCCCGGCAGCUCUCCAAGCUCAAGCGCUUCCUCACCACCCUGCAGCAGUUCGGCAACGACAUCUCCCCCGAGAUCGGGGAGCGGGUGCGAACCCUCGUCCUGGGGCUCGUGAAUUCCACCCUCACCAUUGAGGAAUUUCAUGCCAAGCUCCAGGAGGCUACCAACUUCCCACUGCGACCCUUCGUCAUCCCCUUCCUCAAGGCCAACCUGCCGCUGCUGCAGCGGGAGCUGCUGCACUGCGCCCGCAUGGCCAAGCAGAGCCCAGCCCAGUACCUGGCCCAGCACGAGCAGCUGCUGCUGGACGCCAACGCCUCCUCCCCCAUGGACUCCUCCGAGCUGCUCCUGGAGGUGGGCGAGAGCGGCAAGAGGAGGACACCAGACAGGACCAAAGAGAACGGUUUGGACCGAGACCCUCUGCACCCCGAGCACCUCAGCAAGCGGCCGUGCACCAUGAGCCCGGCACAGCGCUACAGCCCCAGCAAUGGGCUGAGCCACCCCCCCAACGGGCUGGGCCACCCCCCAACUGGUCCCCCCUUGCCCCAGCACUACCGCCUGGAGGACAUGGCCAUGGCACACCACUACCGCGACGCCUACCGGCACCCCGACCCCCGGGAGCUCCGCGAGCGCCAGCGGCCUGCGGCAGUGCAUGGGACACGGCAGGAGGAGGUGAUCGACCACCGGCUCACCGACCGGGAAUGGGCGGAGGAGUGGAAACACCUCAACAAUCUGCUGAACUGCAUCAUGGACAUGGUGGAGAAGACGCGCCGGUCGCUGACAGUGCUGCGGCGCUGCCAGGAAGCCGACCGCGAGGAGCUCAACCACUGGAUCCGGCGCUUCAGCGAUGCCGAGGACAUGAAGAAAGGCAGCCCCCCCUCUGCCCGCCCCCACAACAGCUCCUCCACCCCUGAGGCACCCCAGUUAGACGCUCACCGGGAAUUCGCACCGCGGCCUCUCUCCGGGUACAUGCCAGAGGAGAUCUGGAGGAAGGCUGAAGAAGCCGUGAACGAGGUGAAGCGCCAGGCCAUGUCGGAGCUGCAGAAGGCCGUGUCGGACGCCGAGCGGAAAGCCCACGAGCUGAUCACGACGGAGAGAGCCAAGAUGGAGCGAGCCCUGGCCGAGGCCAAGCGCCAGGCCUCGGAGGACGCCCUGACCGUCAUCAACCAGCAGGAGGACUCGAGCGAGAGCUGCUGGAACUGUGGGCGCAAGGCGAGCGAGACCUGCAGUGGCUGCAACACCGCCCGCUACUGCGGCUCCUUCUGCCAGCACAAGGAUUGGGAGAAGCACCACCACGUCUGCGGGCAGACUCUGCAGGGGCUGCCAGCCCCCACCACCCCCACCGUGGGGCUGCCGCCGGCUCCGGGACAACCCGAUGGGGUGGCCACCAUCGCCAGCAGCCCCAGCGAGACGGGCUCGGCGGCCGCUUCCCGCGCCGGCACGCCGGCCACCCCAGCUCUGCUGGAGAGCGCGUCCCGCUGAGCCUCUCUGGGAAUGCCACCGCCGCUGCCACCACGCUCCAAAGGACACAGACUGCACUUGAUGCAACUUCCUCAGCUACCUGACUCAUGUGACCUCCGAAACGACCUCUCUAGCUCUCAAAUAAUCCUCACGGAUCCUCAAACUGGGCUUUAAGUGGAGUUAAGGCAAAUACCGCUCUUCUCUGUUCAAACUUCAGUCCUUUUUUGGCUUUUUUUUUGGUUUUUUUGCAUUGGUUUUCUAUCGGUUGGGAGAUUGUAGUUCAUUUUGGGAUUUUUUGGUUUGUUGGGUUUUUUUCCCUUCUCUCUGGAGGAGGGAUUUGGCUGCAGCCUCACCAUGCAGUGACGUGGGGAGGGGCUGUCCCUGCAGAAACGUCUUUUCUUCAUCUCUCUCUUUAUUUUAAUUUUUCCUUUUUUUUUUUUUGUAAAAAAACAAAAAAACAAAGAAAAUAAUAAAAAAAAAGAAAACGUCGGACUCUUUGGCUUUAAGUAAGAAAUGGUAAAAAAGGGGAAAAAAAAGGAAAAAAAAACAAACAAAAAACAAAAGAGAAAUCCAAAAACCAGAUGACGCCAAGUCAAGCCGCGCGACGGACGCUCACCUGUAACUACCUUGCUAGCUAGCCAAGAACAGACCAGACUCACCUCUGCUCCAAAGGAAAUCCAAAACCAAGGAAGAUCCAAACAUCUCUCCACUGCCAAAGUUCGUUUCGUUCUGUUGUCACUUCCUUCCCUUCCCUGCAAGGACGGACGGACGGGCCCCCGGGGCUUUAAAGAGUUUCUAUUAAAAUAAAGCAAAAAAAAUAAGGUGUUUUGUUUUUUACAAGAACAACAGAACAAGAAGCCCCCGAGGCGUGUGAGGGGAGAUGGUGGCUGAGAACAGCCCAAGUGGGCACAGCCAGAGCUGGCACAUCUCUACCUCUGCCCACUGCCACCCUGGAAAGAGAAAAAAUAAUUUAAAAAAGAGAUUAAAAGACAGAUUUUUGUUUUCUCCCUUCCUGAAGCCCUGCGGCUGGAAUCCCCCCAUGCCAGGCUGUUCCCACACCCCACGUCGCUUUUAUUUUGCAAGGAUUUUUUUUAAGAGGAAAAAAAAAGGAAAAAAAAAAAUAAAAAGAAAAAAGGAAAAAGGGCAAGUGAGCCUCCUCCUUCCUGGGCCAGGAGGCAGGCGAGGACCACGUGGAUGAUCUGGUAUUUCUCGCAGCGUUGUACAAAGCGCAGAGGACGGGAGUGCAAUACGGAAAGUCCCCCGGCUCCGAGAGGAGGGAAGCCCCGGGAGGGGCAGGAGUGCUGUAUGCUAAUGUGAAUGUAAAUAGUGUUUGCAGAGGUCCAAAAAAAUAAUAAUAAUGAUGAUGAUGACAGUGAUGAUAAUAAUAAGAGACAUUUGCCAAAUAAAAGAUGCUGAGAACCCGCUGGAGGCUGCGUGGGGGAGCCAGGCUGGCCGGAGCUGAGCAGGAGUCGUGUGCUCCAUAGGAGCUGUAAUUUUUUCCGCAUUUGCAAAAAACCAUCCUGUGUGUUUUCCAUAAGGGAGGAAGAGGAGGGGAGGGCUUGGGGCCGGGCAGGUUGGGUUGCCAGUCACCCCAGGGACCAUGGCCAUGCUGUGCUGUGCCGUGCUGCAGCAGAGCUUGGUGCAUGGGGCACCCCAAGGUGAUGUUACCAGCCCUGUGCUACCAGCACUGAGCCUUGCUGCAGCUUUGUGCACCCCAAGGCCUUGGUGCAUCCCCCUGGGGGGGGUUCUGUGCACUCUUGAGACCCUAGUGCAUCCCCCUGGAGGGUUUCUGUGCACCCCAAGAUCUCACUGCAUCCCCCCCAGGGGGUUUCUGGGCACCUUGAGACCUUAGUGCAUCCCCCCCAAGGGGUUUCUGAGCACCUCAAGGCCGGGAGCUUUGCCAGGUGCCCCUCGAGUGACUGUUCACUUUAUUUAUGGUGUGACAUAUGUAAUAUUGUCUAUUUUUCUUACGUUUCCUGAGAAGAGGUAAUAUAUAAGAGUAUUGCAGCUGCACCUGCUGCAGGGCCGCCUGCUCUCCUGGGUGUCCGUCCCAUCCCUGCUCUUCCCACCUUGCGUGUCCCCAUGUGUCCCCAUGUGUCCCUGGCCCUGCUCCAUGCUGGGGCUCUGCCUCUCUACCUCUGCCUCGCCAGGAGAAACUGCAGAUAAGAGUCUGCUUUUGUUUCCACUUCUUUUUUUGCUUUUUGUUUGUUUGUUUGUUUUUUGUUUUUAUUUUUUAGUAACAACAAAAAUACCCCGCAGAACCUUGCAUUGAAACCAAAAGCCGAGGGAGGGAGGGGACAGGCGGCACUCACAGACGUCCAAACCAGAACGACAGCUUUAAAGUGUAAAAUUUCCCAAAAAAUUCGUGAUGGGGUGGGGGGGAAGGACAGUGGCAGCAGUGUGGCCGUGGGGCUGGAGGGGGCCGUGGUGGCCGGGAAGAUGCUGGCCAGAGUGGCGGGCGCUUCUGUGGUGUUUUUCCUCCAAAAUGGUGUUGGGGCAUGUGGAGGGGCCAGGGGAUGUGUGGCCCUUGUGCCCCAGCCGUGUCCUUUGGUGUCUUUGUGGCAUCUGGGAGGUGACGGAUGGAUGAGCUGCGUGGUGCUGGCCCAGCCUGGCCAGGGGUUAGGGACACCCUCGUGGCUGUGGGGCAGCUUGGGGACAUGGGAUGCUGGGGUGGCUGGGCGCAGUCCUCUGCUAGAUCGGGUCCCCAUGGCUUUUUCCUCCUUGCCUUUGUGGCUGGGGACAUUGGUGGCAUGGGGACAGCCUGCCUGAGGUCCUGGUCCCUGUGGGGAUGCAGAGCCCAGGAGUGCUGGGUGCAGCACCAGGCUGGAGGAGGUGGCAGGAGAGAUGUGCCUCUGCUCUGGCACUGAGUGUGGCACUGGGGUCCCAUCCCCAGCAGGCGAGGGUCUCUCCAGUCCCUUCCUCACAUUCCCAACACAAAACCCCAGCUGAAACCAAAGUGCUGCAUCCCAGUGAGGCUGUGCACCCUGGAGUGGGGGUCCCACACCUGCCUGGGCUUUGCUAGAGCCCCCCACAUCCCCCUCCUGCUCUAGGGCAUGCUGGGGUCCCCCCUUCUCCUCCCAGUGCCCCCCUCUGGUCCCAGUGGGUUUGAGGUCAGGACAAGGUGCCAUUUUGUUCCCAGGUCCCAGCCACUGUGCUGGGGUGUCCCCACCACAGUGGCAGCCCCAGGGGCUCCUCUGAUGCCACUGAACACCACAGUCCCAGGAGGGACGUGUUGUGCCACUGUCCCCCCACGUUCCAGGCUGUGUGGGCAGCACCGGUUCCCCGGUCCCGCGUGGGGCUGAGCCCUGCCCGUGUCACCCUGCCAGCCCUGGGGACAGGAACACAUGGGGGUCCCUGGGGAGGGGGGAGCCGGGUGAGACACAAGAGCCCCCCGCCAGGGCUGGGUGGGCCGGGUGGCAGCCUGCCCUGCCUCACUGUGGGGGUUUUGGGGCCAGCCCAGAGAGAUGAGGUGGUAGGACUUUCCUUCGGCAUGCUGUCCCCCCCUUGCUGUUUCCCGCUUUCUCUACGUGUACUGUAUGUUUGACCUGUGAAAGAUGUAAACUUUAUGAUUCAGGUUAUGUCUGUUCUUAACUCUGUAUCUGUGUAAUAAAGACAAUUUAAUAUCAA